UGCACCUCGUAUUUUUUCAAAUGAUUCGUCUGUGUUCCGUGCGUGGCGUUCGGUAUCGAUAGAGUCUCGGUCGCCAGAGGCGCUCAACAUUGAACGCUGGCGGCGGGGCUGUGCUUUCACAGCCGACUCCCCAAAUCCACAGCUGCCAAAAUGCUGGGGCUGCUUCGAGCAGCCGUGGAGACACGGAAACACUCCACCCGCUCGAAGCAGGCGCCGCAAACAGCCAAAAUCUACUCCCUGGGGGGGGGGGAUGGGGGGCCCGCGCCGACCGGCAAAACGGUGAAUAAGAAAACGACGAUCGCCGAAUGGGUGCACUGGCGAGACGCCAUGAAACGCAUCUCUGUGUACGUUCGGCGCUGCCAAAAUGCCGGGGCUGCUUCGAGCAGCCGUGGAGACACGGAAACGCCGCAGGCAGUCCAGAUCUUGUACGCGCGCGGCCUCACCGAGCCAAGCGCACCGCUUAGGGUGUCAAGUGCACCCCUGGCCUGGGUGCCUGCGCUCCGCAGGCAGAACCGGCCGGUGAGCUGCCGGCGCCGGCGUGUCGUCGAUGCUCGGGUCCCCUGCCGAGUGCUCGAGUGCCUCCUCUGAGCUGAUGGCGAUACGAGCAAGGGGAGAGGGCCCGCAGAGAGGGGCGGCCCUCUCCCGCACGGUGCCCGGCCGCGGGGCAUUCGGUGCAGCGCGCCUCGCGCCACCUCCUGCGCUGGGCGCCGCUGCGUCUGGGUGUUGUCCCUCGAGGCCAGGCUCGCUCAAACGGAGUCGACGAAAACCACCACCACCACCAACACGAGGAUCCAGGAGAGGGUCCUCCUGGCGGUGCGGUCUCUCACGCUCCUCGCUCGAGACGUCCCCCGUCGCCGGCUCUGCGAGGCACCGUGGGCCUCCUCGCUGGAGGUGGCAGCCCCUGGUGGUGGUGGUGGUGGUGUCGCGUUCCGUUCCUCCGAACUUGUAGCGCGUGCACUAGCUCGCAAGCCACCACCAGGGGUUGCCACCUCCAGGGGUUGCCACCUCGCUCGGGGUGCGCUGGCUACCCCAUGCGCGCACUAGCCCGCAAGCGUCCCACUCUCGCAUGCGGGGGGCCGCUCGAGCCUCGGGCCACGGCGCCCACGCGCCCGAUCGGGCUGCCGGAGCACGGGUCAAAAACGUCCGCAAAGCGCGACCAACUGCCACCAGUACUUGAACGGGAGCGCAUUGCCAAAGAGUGGACCAAGAGCAAUGAGAAGUGGGAAG